GGUUGAAGAUUGGGGGUUUGUUAGGGUUCAUCGUGAAUCGUGAUGCUUGGUGUGUCUUCUGCUAUGUAUUCGAUAUCGUUUUGUUCAUUUUGUUCAUGAGGUGAUAAAUCAUGUAUAAAAUAUGUUACGCGUCGGUUGUUUUUCUGCAUACUUAACCAAAAAUAGCCGCUGGUCGAAAGUGCAUUGAUACGGCCUACUUGGCUGCCCAGUUGUGGACAGUGCGUGGUAUAUCAUGCCGUUUCCUACCAACCGUAGGCCACACAUCACGAAGACAUAUAGUCAUCCAAGCUUCCCGUGCUUUCGAUGUGCAAUGAAACAGUAUAUAGCGGAAAUGGAAGCAAUACCAUAAAAGGCCAGCUGAGCUAGCUCGAGGCUCUUGGUUGAGGUUUUCAUGGCGAGUGUAGUUGGGUAUGCGGUGAGAGAGAUGCAUAGAGCAAUAGAGCGCUGGACUAGUCAAGAGAUUAGACCCUGACGUGGAAUUUGACCUGAAAAAUGCGCUAGAGUCCACCGACAAUGAGUAUGCGAGGGAAAUCUACAGAUGCACACGGAAACACUGUUUUGCACCUUGCUGCAGCCAAAGUCAAGCCGAAUAGUGUCCGGUGGAUCCUGAGCAGAACCCAGGUGCUCCUCCAACAGCGCAAUGGUCAAGGCGAGACUCCGUUGGAUGUUCUACUAACAAAUCUCGAGGAAAGUAGGACAACACAUCGCUUGAAUGCGUUGACUGAAGACGUUUCGGAUCAGUUCACUGGAUUUAGCGACACAGCUGUUAUCUGCCUUAUCUCUACCAAUGGUGGUAUCAGAGUGACCGGCGUCAAGUGGCAUCGCCUGAAGUAUGGAUGCACAUGUGGGCAAUGUAUCUCCGGAUUUCUGAGUCCCUGCCUCACUUUCCUCCCGCGUAAUGUGCAGAACAAUCUCAAGACUGAUAAGUCUAUGAGGAAGGGAUUCAUGAACCUCUGCAACCAUUUAAAGUACCACCAUGAGAUAGGAUUUGACAUCAUAUUGACGUAAGUAACAAGACCAUGUACACAACAUCCACUUAGAAAUGAUGGGCCGGUGGAGAGGCUCUGAUUGUACUGCAUCCGGCGGUAUCCGUGGUGGGCGGGACACUGGUUUCGGAGAAAGGCUUGGUUUAUU